UUUCAGUCUUUCUGUCGCGCCGAAAUCAAGCUGAUCUCGCAUUUAUCUCCAAGUUUCCCUUAAGUCUGGAGCAGAUCUUAGCCGAGCUAUCCAGUAUUCGUCUAGAUGUGCCAGUCGAUCUCAGCUUUGAUGCCCUUUGCAAUGCAUGUGAGAUACCGUUGGUGUUGAAUCCUAGGCGGAGUUUCUGCCACAUCUGCAAUCGGCCAACCUGUCCACGCUGCCUUAGUUGUUAUUUUGGACGUGUUCCAGGCCUCUGGUAUAACGAGCAAAGUCCCAAAACCUCGGAUCCUCCUGGAAUUACUCCUGUAAAUGGCCAGUACAAUUCGAGUUCCCAGCAGGUUGGCCUCUCUCGGCCACCCAUUUCCCGGAUUCCGAAUUCUGCUCCUGGAGCAUGCCUAGAAUCUAUGCCAACUAGUCUACCUUCUGCCUCUUUUCAGUGCCCUCCUCCCUUGCGC